CUUAAACCAACUUCACUCACCUCUUUCUCCCACAAACAACCACAACAACAACAACAACAACAACAACAACCACCACCACCACCAAAAUGGCCACCGACCAAAAACCAACCAUGAAAACCCUCUUCACCCUCCCCAUCGCCCCCUCCGGCUCCCAACCAGGCGGCACCCUAACCUGCACCACCCCGUUCUCCCCCUCCUCUGACUCCCCUGUGCAAUCCCGCAUUUACAUCCUCACCCUCUCCUCCCCCCCCGACAACCGCCUCACUCCCCCCCUCAUCACCGCCCUCCUCCGCGCACUCGACACCCUCGAAUUCUCCCCCGAGUAUCCCCCAGGGGUAGUAAUCACCACCUCCUCCCUCCCCAAAUUCUUUUCCAACGGUCUCGACCUCACCCACGCCCUCUCCGACCCUUCCUUCCUCCCUUUUUCCCUUUACCCCCUCUUCCGCCGGUACUUAACCUACCCCAUGCCCACCAUCGCUCUCCUAAACGGACACGCCUUCGCCGGCGGCUUGAUGCUCGCCAUGCACAUGGACUACCGCAUCAUGAACCCCUCGCGCGGGUUCGCGUGCGUCAAUGAGCUGGACUUUGGCGUGCCGCUUAAGCCUGCUAUGUCAGCUAUCUUCAGAAGCAAGUGCACGCCGGGGGUUUAUCGAAGUCUGGUGCUGGAGGCGCAUCGGUUCGGUGGGGGGGAGGCGAAGGAAGCGGGAAUCGUGGAUGCCACGGGGGGACUACAGGAGGUGAUCCAGUUUGUGCAGGAGAAAAAGUUGACGGAGAAGGGAAAGACGGGGAUUUAUGGGUUGAUGAAGAUGGAGAUGUACCGGGAGACGGUGGAGGGGUAUUUGACGGCUGAGGGACACGAGAGGGAGGAGGAGAGGGUACGGAGGAUCGUGGAGGGGGAGAAGGAGAGGAAGGAAAAGGGGAGGAGCACAAGGGAGGUCAAGGAGGGGUUGAGUAAGCUUUAGGGAUAUGGGUAUAUGGAGAUUUGGUGCGGUGGGAGGGAUGGGAAGGAGGGUGAGAAGGAGGUUGGAAAUUGGAUGUGGGAAUCACGGAACCAUGUCGUGCACUGGACAGGUCUGCGUUGGGAAUUGGGAUAGUAUGUAGACCGCUUCAACUGGUCAGGUGCUUGGGGAUUCGGAAUAUUUGCAACGAUUUGGUGAUUGAUUGACAUGCUCGAUAAGUAUCUCGAACUGGUCACCUUCGCGCGAUUUACUGUUUCAGACAAACCUCCAACAAUCUCGAAUAUAACCAU